AGAGGUUUGCGGAGCCGAUCUCGAGGGGGUUUCUUCUAGGGUUAUUGACGGUAGACGUACGGAAAAUUUCCUUUCGGCCAGAUCUUGUCCUUUUCUUCUCCUUAUUGAUCCCUCCUCUGAUUUCCUUUUUCUUCGAAGAUUUGCAUUUGUCUGGCCUCAAUACUUCUUGUGAGUGUUAACAUAGGGUAACGAAAUCUUGAAUUUGUUGACAAGGUUGGUUCUGCUGCUCUGUGAAUAAUUUAUGUGAGACGUCUUUCGAUUCGGCCUACGUUAUGUUUUCUCAAGAAACAGUUUCUUGAGACGUUCCAUUUGUUCGUUUCAAAGAUUUCACGAGGGAGCCAUACUCUGUUCGGUCUCGUCUGCCGCGGUGCUUAUUUUUUGGUGGAUAAAGGAUACAAUAUCCUCAGGGAAAAUAGUAGAAAACAAUUUUGUCUGGUCUCAUUCUUUAAGUGUUAACCUAGGGUUGCGAAGUCUUGAAUCAACAAGUGUGGCUCGGAAGGUUUGAUCUGCCGCUCUGCGAAUAGUAUAUAUUUCAUUACGGCGUCAUAACUGCCCGUUCUUGUCUGCUGCACUUGGGGUUUUCCUUCGAGUCUCAUUCUCGAGUGUUUACCUAGGGCUGCAAAAUCUUGAAUUAAGAAGUGUGGUUUAUAAGGAACUUUUGGGUGAUUAAAGGAUCAUGGCCAAGCAUCAUCCUGAUCUCAUCAUGUGUCGGAAGCAGCCAGGGAUAGCCAUCGGCCGUUUGUGUGAGAAAUGUGAUGGGAAGUGUGUCAUCUGUGACUCUUAUGUUCGCCCAUGCACCCUUGUACGUGUGUGUGACGAGUGCAACUAUGGAUCAUUCCAGGGAAGGUGUGUAAUAUGUGGUGGAGUCGGGAUAUCUGAUGCUUACUAUUGCAAAGAAUGCACUCAGCAGGAAAAAGAUCGUGAUGGGUGUCCCAAGAUUGUUAAUUUGGGAAGUGCCAAGACCGAUCUGUUCUAUGAACGUAAAAAGUAUGGAUUUAAGAAAAGAUGAUCCAUAUCCAAUUUUCAUAUGAUGAUUAGCAUUAUAAUGAAACUGCUGAAUUCAAAACCCCUGUAGUAGUUUAAAUAUAUUAGUGCUGCCAAAGUUGGUGGCAGUCCGUUUCAACAUUUCCUAGUUCUCAUAUAAGUAGAAUGUACUGGAGAAUUAAAGAAGCAAUGCAAAAUUGUAAAGACCA